CUCAGGUGGAUUGAAAUAUUUUAGUAUUGUUCCUCUUGUUGCACUGCAUGCAUAAUCGAAAUAAUGCAAUUUGUAUUUUAUCAAACGUACCGAUAAAAUAUGUGUCAAGGUUUAAAGAAGGGUGUGUUUCAUUGGCACUAAAUGCAUUUUGGCCGUUCUCUCAGGAUAAAGUUCGUAUUAACGACAGUACGGAGGGAGGAGUCUAGAACAGCCGAUUGUAAAGCGGUGCAGCCAUUUUGAACGUGAAACAAGUGGGACCGGGAGAAAAUGGGCUGCAAAAAGUUAUUUUCUCAACAGUCAAAAGCGAUCAAGUAAUGGAAAAUGAGACAUCUUACAUAGAGGGAUCGGUACUGUGAAAAUGGUUGUAAUCUAGGUAGUGGUAGAGUUAAGAAGUACGGAAACGGUUGCGACGUACACCUGGAAACCACGGCAGUGUGGUUGUGAUUGCAAGUGCCACCAUGGACAGUACAAUUAUGUCGCAGAUUUAUCGGCACCUGCUUGUUCUUGGCUGUUUUAUGCUCAAUGUGUGGAUAACAUGGGCUUUAGAGAUACAUAUCUCAGAAACUGAACCCAUAGGAACAGUUCUGUUCAAUGCCAGUCUUGGAGCGGAUUGGAGUUACAGGUUAGACUGGCCGCUCAGCGAUAUAGGCACCAGUGAGUUUUUCACGUUAAACAGUGCUGGAGUAUUACGACUUGAGUCCCAACCAAAAUCUUUUGAUAUGAUGCAAAACCCAAUGACUUUAUUCAUUGAGUCAAGGACUAGUGGAGAUUUAAAAAAUUCAAACUUAACUUUAAUGCCUGUAAACGUGUUUGUUCACUCAGAGAAUAAUUACCUGAAAUUUCGGAGGAAAUCGCAGAAAGGAGAGGAUGAUACCCACGCCAUUAUAGCCAGUAGUGAUUUAGGAACAGGUGCUUGUUUCCCAAAAAGUCGGUUCAUUCUGAAUUUGGCCAACUUCUUACCCAGUUCUCUACGAAAAUGUAGACUAUCAUACAAGACGAGUGAAACUAAUUCCAACUUUUUUUACCUGAGCUCAGCAGGUUCUCUAUAUGCUGUGCAGAGAGCAUGUCUUGCUGCUGCCCCUCAGCACUUCAUGGGGGUUAUAGAAUCUCAGUGUUCAGGUUUCCUGUCCUCAAGUUCCAUUCCUAUUGAAGUUGUGCUACGCAAAAGUGAAUCUCCCACAAAAGAAAUGUUCUCACACCUGGAUCUCUUAAUGAAUGUUAAAAGACCUACUGAGAUAUCCAGACAAAGGUUAAAGAGGCAAGUUGGGAAUAACCCUCCACGCUUUGCACGGUCCUCUUAUGUCAAAAAUGUACCAGAGGAGCAACAAGAGGGAUACAUAGUAGCCACAAUAACGGCCUCAGACGGAGACCCAGAGAGUGCUGGGACGCUGACUUACUCCAUCUUGGCCACCCGUGAUGGUCGAAGUCAGGAUCUUUUCAUGAUCAACCCAAGCUCAGGCCAGGUGAAAACAACACAAAGGUUAGAUAGAGAAAGAAUACCAGCUCACUAUUUCCAAGUCAUAGCAAUGGACAAUGGGCGGCCUCAGAAAAGUGGGACCACAUCACUCACAGUGUAUGUCCAAGAUGUUAACGAUCAUGCCCCUGUGUUUGAGAGUACAUCAUAUGCACGUGAGGUCCCAGAGACAACGUCAAUAGGAUCGCCAGUAAUCACAGUCCGAGCCACUGAUGAGGAUUUUGGUGACAAUGCAAAAAUUGCCUAUAGCAUUCUUAACCCAAGUGGCCCUAAUGAUGCCUUUCGUAUCAAUCCUACAACAGGUAUUAUAACCACUCGUCUACGUCUUGAUCGAGAGAGAACCUCUAGAUAUACCAUCAAUGUUCAAGCCACAGAUCAAGGUUCUGUCAGUGACAGAAAAUCUACAACUACGGAAGUGGAGAUCACUGUCAAAGACCAAAACGACAAUAGCCCGCAGUUUUCGCAAAGCUCAUACCAGUUUGAAGUGGAGGAAAAUACCAGUCCUUCAACUGAUCCCAUCAUCGGCCAGAUACAAGCCACAGACAGAGACGAAGGCACGAAUUCCCAGAUCCAGUACAGCAUCACUGGCUCAAACACUGGAGCUUUUAGCAUUGAUAGCAACAAUGGUGAAAUACGCUUACUACAGUCCCUUGACUAUGAACUCGUGAACACGUACAGGCUGAGUGUUAGAGCCCAAGAUAGCGGCUUUCCACGCAGGUCAAACAGUACCUCAGUGCUGAUCAAUGUGAAAGAUGUCAAUGAUAAUGAUCCCAUUUUCCCAGGAUCUUCCUAUGUAGAAAACAUAAAGGAAAAUGCUGCUGUGGGAACCACUAUCACCCAGGUUCAGGCUUUUGAUAGGGAUUCUGGUUCUAAUGGAAACAUCAUAUAUACCAUUAAAAAUUCUCCUCCAAACAUGCCUAUUGCCAUACAGUCAAGUACGGGAGUUAUAACCACAAACGCUGCUUUAGAUCGAGAGACGUCAGCAGAGUAUGAAUUUAUGGUGGAAGCGCGCGACAGGGGGACCCCUCCUAGAUCGGCUAGUGCUAGUGUGCGAGUGAAUGUCAUUGACGUAAAUGAUAAUGCACCAUUGUUCAAUCCACGCACAUAUGACAUCACAGUGUCGGAAGAGCUGCAGCUGGGGCGUGUGGUCGCUGAAGUGACAGCAACGGAUUUAGACGCCAACCAGAACAAUGGCCUUGUUUACACCAUAGAAAGUGGUAACAUUGGGAACACUUUCCGAAUCACCAGACAGAUGGGGAAAGGAAUUAUAACUCUUGCUCAGCCCUUGAAUUAUAAAGUUCAGAAUCGUUAUAUUCUUACCAUUGUUGUAGAGGACACAGGCACUCUGAAGGACACGGCCACUGUUAAUAUUGCAGUGUCUGAUGCUAAUACACACAGACCCAUAUUUCAAGGAGAGCCAUACUCCACACGGGUGUUAGAAAAUGUUCCCGUCAGGACAAGUAUUUACAAAGUUGUUGCUCUUGAUGAUGAUGUGGGAACAAAUGCUCAAAUAGAGUACACCCUGCAGGAUAACAAUGACUUUGAAAUCAACCCAACAACUGGAGAUAUUCGCACAAGGCGGCCACUUGACAGAGAGGUAAACCCAUCAUAUUUUUUAUCUGUGACAGCAACAGACAAAGGUAAUCCUCCACAGUCUGAUGUCACUGAAAUGGAAAUCUUCAUUGAUGAUUUCAACGACAACUCUCCAAUAUUUUCAAAGGACACCUACACUGGGCGGAUUUCAGAAGAUGCGUUGUCAGGGACGAGAGUUACUGAAAUUUCAGCAACAGAUGCGGACACUUUAUCAAACGGAAUGAUUCGUUAUUCUUUUCAAGGGGGUAACAGUGGAAACGGUGACUUUAUGAUUGAUGAAACCUUGGGUACCAUCUAUGUGGCAAAGCCGUUAGACAGAGAGCGUAUAGCCCAGUACGAUCUGAUUGCAUAUGCCAUUGAUCGAGGAGACCCGCCAAGGUCUACUUCAGUCCACAUCACAGUAGAUGUAAGUGAUAUCAAUGAUAACGCCCCUGUCUUUGAGACUAGCCAAAUCACGGUACAAAUCCCUGAAAAUAGUCCAAUAGGGUCCACGGUGGGCACCAUAAGAGCAAGGGAUCCAGAUGAUGGCACUAAUGCACAGAUCACGUACCAGAUCAGAGGAGGCAUGGAUGCCGACGCGUUCGAGCUUGUUGAUGGUCCAGGAGAUACAGCCAUUUUGAGGACUCUCACUGAAUUAGAUUAUGAGUCUUCUAAGAAAUCCUAUGAGGUGAAAGUAAGGGCCAACUCUGGCACAUUGCUUAGUGAGGCGACCAUCAUAAUUCGUGUGCUGGACGUGAAUGACAAUGAACCACAAUUGGAACAUUUUAAGAUCAUUUUCAACAACUACAAGAAUCAUUUCCCAACUGGAUAUAUUGCCAAGGUCCCUGCCUACGAUCCUGAUGAGACAGCAGAGCUGACUUAUCGUUUUACAUCGGGUAACGAAGCUGGACUCUUACACCUGGAUAGAGAUACAGGAUGGAUACGUCUCGAUUCUCGCCUGAAUUCUGAUGUUAGAACCAACGGAACUCUUUCUGUGAUGGUGUCUGAUGGUUUGAAUGAAGCCACAGCCACCUGUCAGCUCUCAGUGAUGUUGGUGACAGAGGACAUGUUGUUAAACAGCAUCACUGUGCGUCUUAACGAGAUGGACGAGACUGCCUUCCUCUCCCCUCUCUACGACUUCUUCAUCAAAGCUCUUGGAACCAUCAUCCCAGCAGAUAUUCAGGAUAUCUUUAUCAUCAGUAUACGAGAUGACACUGACGUUCCUGAAAAAGUUCUCAAUGUGAGCUUUUCUGUGAGGGAGAAAGUGUUGAACAGUCAGGACUAUUUCUACAGUCAACAGUUUCUGAAGGAAAGAGUUUACCUACAGAGGAAUCUACUGGCAAAGCUGUCAACCCUGGAAGUUCUUCCUUUUGAUGAUAACAUCUGUGUGCGUGAGCCCUGCCUCAACUAUGAAGAAUGCAUCGAUAUCCUGAAGUUCGGCAAUGCGUCUGGUUUCCUCAGCUCUCCCACCAUGUUGUUCCGUCCCAUAUAUCCCAUUGAAGGGUCAAAGUGCAUCUGCCCGGCUGGAUUCACAGGAAUGAACGUGGAAUAUGAAUGCGACACAGAAGUGAACCUGUGCUACUCCAACCCCUGUCAGAACAAUGGAACUUGCUUACGACACGAGGGCGGCUACACAUGCAUUUGUCUUACAGGGUUCACAGGCCGCAGCUGUGAGACGGAUAUGAAGUACACGAAGUAUCCCUCAGGCUGUCCAGCAGAGGUAUCUCAUGUCUGCAAACCCCCAUCUAACUGCCAGACCCUGAUUAAGGGGGGUUUCCGCUGUGAUGGCUGUCCACAGGAGGAGUACCAUAAUGCAUUCUGUGAGAUGACAACACGCAGCUUUGCCAAGGGGUCGUUCCUCAUGUUUCCAUCCAUGAAGAGGAGACACAGGUUCAAAAUACAGCUCAGUUUUGCCACACGUCAGAAGAAUGCCCUGUUACUUUACAAUGGCCGCUAUAACGGGCAGCACGACUUCAUUUCCCUGGAGAUAGUAGAUGCUCAAGUUCGCUUCAUGUUCUCCUUGGGUUCUCGCUCGACACAGGUGACGGCUCAUGUUGAUGGAGGUGUCAAUGACGGGAACUGGCAUCAGGUCACAGUGGAAUACCUGAACAGGACUGCAACACUGACGGUGGGAGAAUGGUGCGACACCGGGCUGGCUGUGAGGUACGGCACGUCCAUAGGCAACUACAGCUGUGCAGCAAGAGCAGUACAAGUGCUAGAACCAAGAUGCCGUGACGUGACAGAGACGUGUCAUCGUUUCCUGGACCUGACAGGUCCCUUGCAGAUUGGGGGUCUCCCUAGCUCUACAGACUUUCAGGUGCGCUACCCUGACUUUGACGGCUGUGUCAAGGAUGUGUACUUAGACAAUAAGUUCCUGGACCUGGAUAGUUAUGUCUGGAACAAUGGGACAGGCAAAGGGUGCGAGCAGAAGAGGAGAUUCUGUAAUAAUCAGAGGUGUAACAAUGGAGGGACAUGUCAUGAGGCAUGGAGCACCUACCGCUGUGAAUGCCCUCCUAAAUAUGGCGGCAAGGAUUGUUCUAUAGUGAUUGAGGAAUCCAGACGUCUCUCAGGAAAUGGUUACCUUGCCUACAACCCCAGCCCUGGCCAGCGCGUGGCUCUUCCCUGGUAUCUGGGCGUAUCCUUCAGAACGCGACAAGAGACGGGGCUGUUGAUGAGCGUGGAGCUGGGUUCCAGUGUGGUUCUUCUGGAGCUGGAGAGUGGUUACAUCAAGCACACGUUCCCACAGAACAACGCACCUUCGCGGAUCAUCCGCUUUGACCAGGUCUGGGUGAAUGAUGGGAAGUGGCACUACGUGGAGGUGCGCUGGAGAUCUGACCAGAUCCAGAUUAUACUGGACUAUGGACAGUUACAGGAGAGUCACCCUGUGGCCACAGGCAGUUUAGUUGUUGGUGCCACUGUGACAAGGAUAUUUGUUGGUGGUUUGGAGCAUACGUCGUCAGGAAAUGUGGAAGUGCUGAAAGGGCUAAAAGCUUGUCUUGAAAAUGUCCACCUGGGCAACAGUGCUAAUUCUAUCUUAGUGGGACCCCAGGAGUACAAUGCUGUACGUGGGUGUAACCUCCCUGACCCCUGUGCUGGGGUCACCUGCCCUGCCAACAGUCAGUGUGUGGAUGAAUGGGACAGGCACUCCUGUCAGUGUUACCCAGGCUAUAUUGGCUCCAGUUGUCGUGACAUCUGCACUGCUUACAAUCCUUGUCAGCACGGCUCAGAGUGUCGCCAUGACAUCACUGCAAUACGGGGAUACAAAUGUGACUGCAAGGAGCUGAACUCUGGCAGCUACUGUGAGAACUCCAUAGUCCAACAGUGUCCCACGGCCUGGUACGGCUACCCUAUCUGUGGUCCCUGUAACUGCCCCAGUGACAAAGGAUAUGAUUCCAACUGUGACAGUAAUGGGAAAUGUGCCUGUAAGGACUUCCAUUACCGCCCAGAGGGCAGUGAAGAGUGCUACAAGUGUAACUGCUACUCUGUUGGGUCAUUUGGUCAGUCCUGUGACCCACUGACUGGACAGUGUAGGUGUCGUAUGGGAGUGAAGGGCAAGCGCUGUGACCAGUGUGAUAGCCGGUAUGCUGAAGUCACUAGAGAGGGAUGUAAAGUUGUCUAUGGCAAAUGUCCUAAAGGAUUCUCUGACAACAUUCUAUGGUUGCAAGUCCCGUAUGGUGAGACCGCUGUCCAGGACUGCCCUGAUGGGACCAGGGGUCAAGCUAGCCGUCACUGUGACCUGGAGACAGGCUGGCAGAACCCUGAUGUCUUCAACUGUACUUCUAACCUCUUCAAGGAGAUUGAGUCUCGGUUGGUGGAAAUUGAAAAUGGUCAGCUGCUUAUCAACACUUUUGUUGCCAAGAAUCUCCUCACCAAGUUGAACAAUGCCACCAACCAGACGGCAUACAUGUACGGAAAGGACAUCGAUAUUACCAACCGCCUGGUGAAACAGUUGUUGAUGUACGAGAUCAAACAAACUGGCCUCAAUCUUACCAAUACACAGGACAGGUUAUAUGUACAGAACAUGCUGAACUCACUGAGCAGGACCAUGAUAGCGCCCUAUGCGUCUCACUGGGAGAAGGCAGGGGGCGUGUCUGAGCUGAUGCACCUAUUGGAGGAGUACCUGUCUACACUGGCACUCAACAUGGCGGUUGUGUUCCAGAGCGGGGGAAUGAACCCCUUCGAUGCCGUCACGGAUAAUCUAAUCUUUGGUCUGGACUUCAUCUUGAAAACCAACUUCAGUGGCACUAACAUCCCAAAAUACAACAACAAGGUGCAGAACAGUGCCAUGUUUGACAAGGACACGCAUGCCAUCUUGCCAGCCUCUGUGUUUGGUCAGCCCAGUGUACAGGAAUGGAUCCAGUCCUCACUGAACAGCCAGCCCAAGGCAGUGGCAGGAUACAUCAUGUUCAAAACCCUGGGGAGUAUCAUACCAGCCAGCUAUGAUGACAAGAAAGUCAGAGUCCAUGACUACCUGACUGUGAAUACCCCCAUCAUGUCCCUAGUACUGCAGGACGGGAACAGAACUGUCAAACAGCCAACUCCUUCUGUCACCUUUGACUUCAAGCAGCUGGUGACAGAGAGAAGGACCAGCCCACAGUGUGUCUACUGGGAGUUUGUGAAUAAAACUGGGCUAAGUGGUCACUGGACAUCAGAGGGCUGCUGGCUGGACAACAGGAGAGAGUCUGGAGGGAAUAAGUUUGUGACCUGCAGCUGUAACCACCUCAGUUAUUUCUCUGUUCUGAUGGACAUCUCGGAUGUCGAGUACCUGGCGAGUGCCACAAUCCAGAUGGAAAUCGUCACGUAUGCAGGUGUAGCGUUGGCAAUGGCAUUCUUGCUGCUGACAUUCAUUAUACUGUGUAUUGCUCAAAACAACAUGCGUUCCAAUGCCAACAGUAUUCGUAUCAACUUUGUGUUCAUCACUCUCCUGGCCUUGCUCACCUAUGUGCUGGGGAUUAACAGGACAGACCCUGAGCUUCUGUGCAAGUUAAUUGCAAUUGCCUUACACUUCUUCUUCCUUGGGGCCUUUGCCUGGCUGUUCAUUGAGGCUCUCCACAUCUAUCGCAUGCUGACAGAGAUUCGGAACAUCAACAAGGGCUCCAUGAAGUUCUACUACGCAGUGGGUUAUGUGGUACCAGGAAUCAUUGUAGGUCUUUCUGUGGGGCUGAGUACUGACAAAUAUGGAACUAGGUCAUUUUGCUGGUUGAGCAUAGAUGACAACAUAUUCUGGAGUCUUGCAGGGCCUAUCAUUAUCAUAGUCGCUAUGAACCUGAUAGUGUUUGUGUUGGCUCUGAAGGCUGGCUGUGAUGGCAAGGCCAUGGAUGCUGAGUUUGGGCCUGUCAGGAAUAGUCUCAUCUCAGCCGUAAUACUGCUCCCCCUGGUGGGAGUCACGUGGGUAUUUGCUCUGCUGGGGGCCAAUGACAGAGACAUGGUGGCCUUUGACUACCUCUUUGGUAUCUUCGCAACAUUCCAAGGAUUUUUUAUUUUCAUUGCAUAUACUAUAUUAAAUGAGUUGGUGAGAAAAGAAAUGAGGCGUACCUGGGCCAAGAUUACAGGGCAGAAAUUUGACGACUCACUCAGUGGAACAAGGACAACCAUGCUCUCACGCUCAGCUCUAGCCUACGCACAUGACUCUUCUUUAGAAGGAGGUCUGAAUCGCAUGAACAUAGGCAUCUCAACCACAUCCACUACGAGUCGUUCAACCAGUAAAACAAGCAGCGGUGGUCUUUAUCGCCCUGACGGCUAUCUUAGGAGUACCAGUACAUCAACAUCGGGGAACAUACCUUCUGGUGCGGAGUUUACCGGCAAUGGCAUUCCACCAUAUGGCUUUGACUAUGAUAUGAAACCUGUGGAUGACCCUGACACUGGCGAGAUCAACCGCAAACAUGACUCCGAUUCUGACAGCGACAUGUCAAAUGGAGACCACAUGGAACUGGCUUCCAGUCAUUCCUCAGAUGAUGACGAUGAUUAUGAAUAUGAGAAAGGUCCUCGUUGGGAUCAGCCAACUAAUAAAGUAUUAGAACGUGUCAAGUCUCAGACUCCCAAGGGUCCUGCUCACAGUACGCCAGUUGGGCGCAACUCUCCGACAUCACGGUCUCCUACGCGCUCUCCCAUUCAUUCCCCAGUUAACAUGAACAACCAUAGAAAGUCUCCGCUUUAUGACAAUGACAUGAAGUACCCCAAUGUAGUCAAACUCCCAGAUAUAAGGUCCAGUGUGGAAAAAAUCCCUCCUAUAUAUGAAGAAGAUAACAAAGCUUACAUAGUCCCUCCAGAGAGAAGUGACAGCCUGCCCCCAAAUGGAGUCCAUGAUGGUCCCCCAUCUAAACCACAGCACCUGCGGGACAGGGUUGCAGUACAGGUCCUCACACAUAAUGGCAGCAUAUCUUCAGACACGGAGGAGGAAGAUCAUGAAACAGAAGUAUGACAUUCAAGGUCAAGGUCACCAAGACGAUCCAAGCAGAAUCUGCCUUAUAGGACCAUGUGACUUAGUGUUGAAGAUGUAUUUGUAGCAUGUGUAAAUAUUCUGUGAAUGUAAAUGUUAUUUAUGAAGUCAUGUCUCAUGGCUGUAUUUUCUGAUUGCAUUUAUUUCUGCCAUUUAGACAUGGCAUUUUUUUUAUGCAGAGAAUUUGAAAAAUGCUUGCCAUUUCAUUGCGGUGCAUAUGAGGUGCAGUUUAGUAGGGAAAACAAUAUAAUGUUUUAUUUUUUUCUCUUUUAAGUAACUUUUUUUAUCAUUUUUUUUUUCUUUAAAUCUACAAAACAGAAGAAUACUUUCCAGCUUAAGAUAAUCAGACUUUUAGUUCAAGUAUUAUAUCCUUGGAGUGCCUUUUGUACUGGAAUAGACUUGAAUCUGAAGGAACCAGCAAUGUUGUUUGAAAAAAAAAGCAUAGGUCAUAUAGUGUUUUGCAAUUUGACAUGGAAAUAUGAAGUAUGUUGCUAUGGUGACAUUUUGUAUAUUUUGUAAAAAGAUAUUUGUAAGUGCAAAUUUUAUUUGCAUAGAUGUUUAUAAUGUCAGCAACUUUCAAGGCCCUCGUUAAUGUAUCUGUAUAUGUUGUAAAUGGUUGUGAUUGGACUCUGUGAAUUUUGAAUGAAAUGCUUUACGCUGCAAAGGCAGAGUGUGGAAAAAAAUCACUAGCACAUUUUCACAAUUAUAUUAUUGAAUUAGUGCUGAUUGGUAAUUUUGUAAAUGUUUUACUUCUUAGGGGAUUCAUAAUUUUUACGCUUGUGUAAUGUUUUAAAGUAGGUUUUUUAUAUCUCUUGUGACAAUGGAAAUUUAAGUCAUUGCUUUAACUUUUUUUAAAGAAUCCUUGUAAGAUAAAUGAAUAUGACUCAAAAUUGGGUUAAUAGAAUAUUGUGUAGUUAUAUUGCAUUUAUUGCAAAGAUCAUUUUGCCCCCAGUUUCAACCUAAAGGUUAACAGAUAUUUUUAGUUUAUAUUAUUAGCACUUAAAGUAGAGUUUUAUUGGAACCUGAAAUUGAUCUCUUCUUAAGAAUAUUAACAUUGCUGCUGAAUGUGCACACAUCUCUGUUUUUAAGAUAUUUUUGUCUAUGACAAACAGGUUAUUGGAUGAUAUCCUUCUAAAGGAAUAUUUUGGUUUGUCAUCAGUUUUGAUAGAUUGUCAGGGAUGUGAGGGGUGUCCUUGCUUUUAGUACAUUAUUCUGACUCAGUUACAUCCUUGCUUGUAUGAUGUAUGGAUCCACAUUUUAGUAUUUUAUAAUGGGUCCAAGAUAGGGGAUGAAAAAUGAUCAGUACAUUUAAAAUGCUGAAUGAUAUUUCAGUAUUAGGGUCAGUUUUUUAAGUAUUUUGUUUACAUUGGAACAUUUGUUGUCAUAUCACACCCUAUUUCCUUCCAAGAAUUACUCUUACAGUAAAUAUUCAGGUGUCGGCUCUUUUUAAGAAGUCACAUACACAGUAGUUUUGUUGUGCAUAUUAAUGUCACCUAUAUUUGGCAGUCUCAUUUUAUGGUGGCGCCAUCUUCAGGACAAUUAGUUGUGCCACCAGCACGUGCUUGAGUAGUAGUUGUACCACAUUGUCUGUGAUACAAAGCAUAGAGUUCUGUUAAUAACAGUGAAGCUUUUGGUGUUGAAGAGCUUUUGAAUGUGUGCUAACAAUUGUUUUCUAGUAAAAGAUCACAACUGAUAAAAUGCUAAAUAAAUUGUCUAAA